AUGUCUCUUUUCCGAUUCACCACGCCUCCCAGUCCGCCGCUCGAGUAUCAGAUGCCCAAAACCGGCGAAACCCACAUGCGCCAGACCAGAGAGGCGCUCAACACCAAGGAAAUGCUCUCCAAAGACACGUCAUACCCAUACUUAAGCACAAAGCAAAGCAUGCCCCGAGCUGUGCAGAACGCCAGCCCCGAAAAGGGCGGCAAGCCAGAUAUUCUUCGCCCGGCGGCCCUUCCGACGCCGCUCCAAUCGCGCACCUCCACCACUUCGCUCGGGUCUCUUUUCGCGCCGGCGCCCACAGAAGUGUGCGACACCGUGCAGCGCCGCCUUGGCCCAAAGUCGCUCGUGAUGCUUGUGGGCCUCCCAGCAUCGGGCAAAUCCACCGUGUGCAACUACUUGGCUCAGCAUCUCGAGGCCCACGACUACAAGGCGCUCAUAUACAAUGCGGGCGUAGUGCGGCGCAAUGCGCGCGCGCCUGCGGGCGCCGACUUUUUCGACCCGCAGAACGUCCAGGCCGCCGCCUUGCGCGAACAGUACGCCUCGGCCGCCAUGACCACUUUGCUCAGCGACCUUGCCCACAGCAGAAUCAGCGUCGGGUUUUUGGACGCCACAAACACCACGGCGGCCCGCAGAAAGCGCAUGCUUGAAAUGGCCCUCAGCUCGGGCGUGAACUUUGCCAACAUCUACGUUUUGGACGUGGCAUGCACCGACGCCCAGUUGCUCGAACACAAUAUCGCCCGCAAGGCCGGCAACGUCGACUACCGCGGCCGCAGCGCAGACGAGGCCGUGCGCGACUUCCGCCGCCGCGCCGCCCACUACGCCCAGAUAUAUGAGCCUGUUUCUCGUGAAGAGGUGGCUCGCUUUGGCGCCACCUACAUUCGCAUCCAGGACGCCGGGCGUGCCGUUUCGAUGGCCGCCGGCCUGGGCGACGACGUCGACCAGUUGGUGCGCUCCUUUGUGUGCGACUACUACAAGAACCACGGCGCCGACUAUUGCGCGCAGGUUGUGCGGUCGAGCAAAGGCGACCAGAGUGCUGGAAGGAUUCACAGCGUUAUAGAAUAG